AUGAUGAUCUGGCUUCUCAUCACCAGCACACUGCUGGGAACUGCAGGUGCUGUCAGUGGAAUUACAGGUCCUGAUGGUCCAGUGGUGGGUCUGGUUGGUGAUGAUCUGCAGCUGCCAUGUCAUGUGAAGUCUGGAGUGAAUGCAGUGGAUGAAGAAAUCAUUUGGAAGCGGGGGGAUAAGAUGGUCCACCAUUACCUCCGCCACACUGAUCGCACUGAGCAGCAGCCACCAGAGUACCGCGGCCGCACCAGCGUGUCCAGAAAAGGACUGCAGACAGGAGACGCAUCAUUCACACUCACCAACGUCAGCCUCUCUGAUGCUGGAGAGUGCACAUGCAGAGUGAGGGCAGAUACCUGGUAUGAUGAUGCUGAAGUCACUGUCAAAGUGGAGGCUAAGGUCUCCCGUCCUAGUGUGAGUGUUGUGAGUCUGGGUGAUGGGCGAGUGCGUCUGCAGUGUGAGUCUGAAGGAUGGUCUACAGAGCCGCAGGUCUAUUGGCUGGACAGCAGGGGGCAGCAGAUCGCAGCAGAUCCCACUUCAUUCCGGAGGCUGCCAUCAGGCCUCAGAGUGACCAGCAACAUCACGGUGGAGGAGAGACAAGGCUACAACUUCACCUGUGUGAUGAACAGCGCGGCUCAGUGGAGGGAACAGACAGUUGAAGUACCACGUGAGUACCCCCACUGUGGCUCAUUCUACACUCUCUGA